UUGUUCUAAAAGUGAUAUAGAUACCCUUUUGUGUCGUGAUGCACCUGUUCACACCAACCCAAAUCUGUCUUUUUCAGUGAUAUGUCAAUGUUUGUCAUUUAUCUAUAAACAAUGAACAACAACGAUGAAAACCGACGUGGUGAUAAUCGAAGAGAAAAUCUACAUGUUUUGUCUAUUGAUGAUGUGGUUUCUACACAACCAGAACUAGGACCUAGUGUACCUGAUGGAGGGUUUGGCUGGAUAGUCUUCAUAGCCACCCUCUUCUUUCAGGCCCUCCUUCCUUGUCUAAUAGUGAACUUCGGGAUAUUUCUGGCAUUCACUAAGUUGGAGAAAGGUACAGGCGAUGACAAAAAUAUCGUGCUCUGGGAUGACAGCAUUCUCUAUGUUCCGUUGUUUUUUGCCAUCUCUAGAUUAUUUUUCGAUUCUUGCGUCCGAACACUCACUUCUUCCGCCACUUCACCUCGACUGAUUUCUGUUGUUGGAACGUGUUUAACUUGCGCUGGAUUGUUGUUUAUGUGGAUGGGGAUGACCGCGAACAAGGAUUAUUGGCUGUUUGCUCCGGCGGGACUUCUUUCAGGUUUGGGUUCAUCCAUAGCUCUAAUCCAAUGCGAAACAUUAGUAGCCCAAUAUUUUCGUCAAAAACUGUCCAUUUUGAACCAAAUUUCCCACUUCUUCUCAAUCAUGGGCUUCCUAAUCGCCCCCAUAGUGCUCGGUCACCACAUACUCAACACAACUCUAACCCAAGUGUUGCUAUGGUACCAAGCAAUCAUCCUCCAAGGCUUAAUUGCCAGCCUGUUCUUCAGGAAACCGCAAUACCUAAAAUCAAAAAACCGCAGCAAACCUUAUCAGUUUGUCUUGUCGAACCCAGACGACGAAGAAGACAUCCUCUCGAAAAAUUCGCGAGAACUCCAAAUCAAACGUCAAACCAGCACCGAGACUCGCGUGAGCAAAAUCCCAAUCGGUCCUCAACCGAGCACCAGCAGCACGAAAACCACCAGUACUAUAGUUAGUGACGAACUGAUCCAAGUACAAGAGGACCAUUAUGGCAGUACGCAAAACCAGGCGAAAAACUGGGUAGACUUCGAAGGAAACGACGAAGAUAUAAAGUAUGCGAAGUUGAACGAGUGGGAAGUGUUUGACGAUGACGACGACGAUGAAGACAAAACACCCAAGAAGCAGCAGUGGGAACGGUUCCAAGACGAUGGACCUCCGUCACCUCGAAUUGUCAAUGAUCUCUCUUUAGCUGAAGAAACUAAUACUCAGUCAGCGAAUAAGAGACCGUCGCCUCUGUUUGCGGAUUUUCCUGUUAACAAUAACGACACGUAUGCUUAUGACGAUGAAAUUGUCACGGAUACGACCAGUGCGAACGUGUUUGUCCCGGCGGUUGUGAACAGCGGGAAUUUUAAAAGGCAGAUGGACGUGCUGAAGGAAGCUUUUUUUUAUAAGUCGCUUUUGACGAUGGUGGCUAAUACGUAUUCUUCGUUUGUAUUUUUUUCCUUGUUUCCUAGUUACUUGUACAUACAAGCUGAGUUUGUUAAUAUUAGACACAUGAGCCAACUCGUUGGAAUCUUAUCUAUAGUAAAUUUAAUUUUCUUGUGUAUUGUUUAUUGGUUUAAGAUUGACCAGAAGAAGAGGGCUAUUUGCUUCUGGAUUUUUUAUUGGAUAGGAUCUGUGGGAUAUUUUAUGAUCGCCGAUUUUACCCAUGAAUAUCUUUUGUUAAUUGGUGGUGUUCAAAUUAUACUUAGUACAGUAGCUUUAGAAUAUACCGCAAAACCACUUCUUAGAAUUCCAGUAAGAGGAGGAACAAGUAAUGAAAAUUUCCUGCUUUGUUUUUUUAGUAGCUUAGCACUUUUGUUGUUUGUCGUUAUAGAUGUUUCAUUUAAAACAUGCUUUCGACUGGUAGCAGUUUUACACUUCUUCACUGGCACCCUGUGGCUGUCAAAUUUCGUUUAUAAAAAGUUAAGAGUCAGAUAAUUUACAGAAUAAGUAUUUAUUUUAUGUAUUUCAUAAAUUUUAUAUUUCAAUAAAUGUGUUUUAUAA